GUUCCAUGUCCUAACAGCUUUCAGUUAUGCAGCGCGCCAUCCCCGAGACGAAACCCCUUUUUACCUACAGCCACACGGAUCCCGAAUGGGCCAACCGCAAGCGAACUCCCCAGGAGGUCGUGUCGCUGAUAGAUGAAGCGGGAAUCUCGCACAUUUGCUUGUCUGCAUGGCACCGACCGGGAUCCGCCAUCUUCUCCAACGAGGAAGGGGUCAAAUAUACACGGGCAUUUCCGGAUCACAUCUCCGGCCGAGGCUCCGUCGAUCUACAUGACCCAGUCAAUGCAGUUAAAGAGCUGAAAUAUUACGUGAAGGUAGAAAAUUUCAAAGGACUGCGAAUUGUGCCCUGUCCGUGAAAUCUCCCACCUACUGAUCCUCAUUACUGGCCUCUCUACGUCAAGUGCAUUGAGCUCGACAUUCCCCUCCUAACAUAGAUGAACCACACGUGUCCUCUAUGUCCCAGUGAAGUUGGUGAAGUUGGUCGCCCAGUCCCAUACAUCGACACUAUCGCUCUGAAGUUUCCUGAGCUGAAAAUUAUAUGCGGCUAUGUCGGAUGGCCGUGGGCUGCGGAGACGGUCAGCGUGGCUUGGAAGCACAAAAAUGC